ACGCCCUCGUUAUUAAAUCACGCAAAAUGAAUAAUCAUUAAAAAUAAUUCCAAAGUAAAGUGUUAUAUCAAGUUUACAUGAUCUCUUUUAUCUUAUUUCCCUGCUAUUCUAGCGUUAACAUCCAUUAAAAAUAGUGCAUAGGUACAUAAGUAUCAUAAAUGCUAAGUCGUUAUAAAAAAUGUUAAAAAUAAAUAAAUAAAACUGCCAUAACGGAAUCCAAGUAAUUAUCACCAAAGUUCAACACAACUCGUCUACUGACAACGCUUAAUGGCAAUUUAGUUCUACUUGGCAUUGGCAAACCAGUUGAUGGUGUUGAACACCAUUAUUCAGACGCUAUUCUUCACUGCUUUUUGUGGUUGCAAAUUAUUGCACUAAACUACAUAAUAUUAAAAUACAAAACAAGUGCGCGACGCAGUGAUUUCCUGUUGUACUUUUAAAUUUGACCGUCAAAAUUCCGCCAGAACCAAUGGCUAAGGACGAAGAAGAGGACGAUAUCUUGCCCGACAAGGAUGCGGCCAAAGGCUUUUAUGCAAAAUAUGAACCCAAGGAAAUAUUGGGAAGAGGCAUCAGCUCCACAGUACGCCGUUGCAUCGAAAAAGAGACAGGCAAAGAGUUUGCCGCAAAAAUCAUCGAUCUUGGCGCGGCUACCGAAGCCGGCGAAACAAAUCCAUAUCAUAUGCUUGAAGCCACAAGGCAAGAAAUUUCAAUACUCAGACAAGUUAUGGGGCAUCCUUAUAUAAUUGACCUACAGGAUGUCUUCGAGUCGGAUGCCUUCGUCUUUUUAGUAUUCGAGUUAUGUCCGAAAGGUGAACUCUUCGAUUACCUCACCUCAGUUGUAACGUUGUCCGAGAAGAAGACCCGCACAAUAAUGCGACAAAUAUUUGAAGGUGUUGAGUAUAUACACGCAAAAAAUAUUGUGCACCGAGAUUUGAAACCCGAAAAUAUUCUACUCGAUGAGAACCAUAAUGUUAAGAUAACAGAUUUUGGUUUCGCGCGGCAACUGAAAGACGAAGAGAAAUUAACAGACCUCUGUGGUACACCUGGCUACUUGGCGCCGGAAACGCUUAAAUGUAAUAUGUUUGAGGGUUCGCCAGGUUACUCCAAAGAAGUUGAUAUCUGGGCCUGCGGAGUUAUUAUGUUCACAUUGCUGGUUGGCUGUCCGCCGUUUUGGCACCGUAAACAGAUGGUUAUGCUGCGCAAUAUAAUGGAGGGCAAAUAUAGUUUCACCUCGCCUGAAUGGGCUGAUAUAUCAGAGGAUCCAAAAGAUCUGAUUCGCAAAUGUCUAGUCGUCGACCCAGCCAAACGAAUUACAGUGAAAGAAAUAUUAAAGCAUCCGUACUUCAAUCAAAUGGUUUUAUGCCCUGAAUCGUCUUCAGAUGGCCGCACCACCUAUCAGCUCAAAUCGCAAAAUAUUCGCAACACCAGCAGCAAUGGCAAUCAGUUGUAUUAUACUCCAAGUUUUAGUAGAACUUUGACGAGCUACAAUAGCCACAGCAGACAACAUUCCACCAAUAUCAACUCUAAUAACUCCAUUAACAUAAACAACAACAACAACCGCAACAGCAUGACAAACUUGUACUUAAGCAAACAAGCGAAUAAUCAUAGCAUUAAGAAUACUCCAUCCACAACCUCAAAUUUCAACACAACAACUACUUCGAAUUGUACUUUCACUUAUCCGCAGUACAAUAACAAUAAUAGCCAAAACAAUUAUCCAAGCAAUGGCAAUAUGUAUGUAAAUUCUACGGCUGGUCCGUCUAUAUUCCUAUCAACAAACACAAAUAAUAACAGUAUUGGCAAUGUGGCGUCUAUGCCAACGCCAAUGCCGACGAUAUUUGCAACGCAGGAGCAACUAGAACAGCAACAAGACGAGCUGUUAUAUCAGCAACAGCAACAGCAGCAGCAAAAACAACAUCAACAAUUCAUGCAGCAGCCACAACAAGCUUAUGAACAACAGGUGCCAACAACGCAAUUCUACGAUCAAAACCAACUUCACCAACACCAUCACCAUCAUUAUCCGCAUCAUCCGCAUCAUCUAAAACCAUAUCUUCAUUAUUGCCAAAGCAAACAUGGCGAAAAGCCACUGCAACUAGACCAACAAGCAUCGCAAGAGCAGCAACAGAAACACGAUACAUAUCCAUUAACAGGUGUAGGCAUAUCAUCAUCAUCAUCUUCAUGCACAUUCGCUUCAUCCAGCAAGCUAACGUCAACGUCAAUGGCUACGAAAAUAGCAGCGGCAUCAACUGCGUUCGCUACGCCGGCAAACAGUUUUUCGCCUUGUUGUAUUGAGUCCCUAAAUUACUACGCACAGGUUAGGCGGCUUAAUUCCCACUUUGUAUCCAAUUGUCUAACCAUUUGUGGCUAAACUGAUAGUUUUUUUUUGGUAGCGUAAUUUUUUUUUUUUGGAAUUAUUCAUGCGUUGUUGUAGCUAUUUACUCACAAUUGCCUAUAGGUAUACGAAGUAGCCUUAGUUUUUAAAUAAAUUCUAAUGCUCGUCUGAUAAAAAAUUUCAUGUUUGUAUGGCAUAAUGGGUAUUAAU